AUGGCAGAUAGUUCAUGCAAUGAGACUUGCUCAGCACUUCAAACUACUGAUUCCACAAGUUUUACUCCUGCCACCAGACUUACUGCCGAUCUGGUGGAGAUUAUGAUCUACAUAAUAUGCUUAUGUAUAGGUGGCCCUUUGAAUUUAAUCUCAUUUAUUCGUUCCUAUCGAAAUUAUAUCUCAGAUCGGUCUAGAAGUCAAAUAUUACUAUUACGAUUGCACUUAAAUAUUGCCGAUCUUUUAACAAUGUUUAUUUAUACGCCAACACAAAUCAUCUGGAUGACAACAUUUCAGUGGCAUGGUGGUGAUCUGCUGUGUCGAAUAUGUAAAUUUUUCUAUACAUUCAGCUUUUAUCUAAAUUCAUUCGUUAUUGCAAACAUAGCAAUAGACCGUGCUUAUACAACUAAAAGUAUAAGAUCCAUAAAAGCCUCAGAAAUUGCGCUGGAAAGGGUUCGUCGAACAUUGAUUAUUGUUUAUAUAGCUGCAACUGUAUUUUCAGCCCCUCAACUUUUUAUUUUCCAACUUUUUCAUCCUAUUGAAUUCGCAGAAUUCAAACAAUGUACGCCUGUAUGGACAAUUUAUGCAUACGAAUAUGAUCGAAAACUUUUGUCCCCCACAGUUAGUGAACAAGAAAAACAACAAUAUACUGCUGAUUUCAUACAGGUUCAUCGAUGGGAAAUGGUAUAUAACAUGGCGCAUCUUCUUCUCGUAUUCUGGAUACCAACACUAAUCGUUGCAUCAUCAUACAAGGCGAAACGACAAGCAACACUAAUAUUGGUCGCUUACCUAAGUCUUUGGUCUCCAUAUAAUAUAAUGGCUCUUAUGAAUAUGUUCGCAACUUCUUCAGAGACUCGUGAUACGAUUUUAGUAACACUUCCAUUUUUGAAUGCAUUAAUUGUUGUUAAUCCUGUAGUAAAUCCAAUAAUUUAUGGAUUAUUUGAGUCUAAUCCAAGGUGA